GCGAGGGGAACUGGCCCAAACGGACAUCAGGACUAUGGCAGACCUUUCCGAGGAGACCUUUACUGAUGAGGUACAGAGUUCCAGUUCUUUCAGCCUCUCUGGAGGACUGCAGCCCUGGCCCCAUGACUCCGGGAGCACACCUGAGAGUGGAAAGACUACACACCUGAAGUAUCGAGACAAACAAUCUGAGCUUUCAGACUACCAAAAUAAUGAAACGAAGUUCAGUAGAAAAUGGAUCAACUAUCUCAAGGGCAAAGAAACUAACUCUGGACAGUACCAACCAGACACUAAACUUCAAACAGAAAUCACUCGGGUAUCUGAUGAAGAACUGAAUGCCCUGCAGUCUUUUUGUGCCGUUAAGAUAAACCUGAUCUGUCACAGAGCAAACUCUAAGGAGAAAAAGAGCAGCAGACAUAAAAAGCCACAGCUUAGAUUGGAUGCAGAGGCUUCAGAGAUAGAUGCCUUAAGCUGUACUGUCCCUGAUGAACUUUUGAACAGAAUCUACCUAAAAAACAUGAGGACCACACCAAAACAGGUGGCAACAGCGAAGCAACACGUUUCUUCCUGGUGUCCCCACUGCAACAGAAAAAGAGGAGAACUGGCCCAAUCUGUCUUUCUGCGACAGAAGAAGACUUUACUGGAGUCACUUCUUCUCCAAGAGAAAAUAGACAAACAUCUUUAUACCAAAGACUUUCUUACCCUUAUUGGAGAUGCACAUCAGGCGGGUUUUCCCAGGCUUUCAGAUGACCCCAGAAUAAUUUGGAAAAGACUGAAUGAGAAAAGUCAGAUCAGAUACUAUGGCUUUGAAAGAGCAGAUGUGGCAGAAUGAAAAAAAAUACUUGUCACUCACCUUUUCUCUACCACUUGACCAAAACAGGAGAUAGUGUUUACCAAUGAUAAUGUGUAAUGUGGAUAAAUGUUUCUGUUGUAUAUCUGAAUAAUCAUCAUUUUUAUAGGUACUUUGGAAACUAAUUUAAGACUUGACUAUGCUUCCUUCUCAGAUAUGUGGACUAAAACUUCUCCAUUCAGAAUGGUUUUUUUUUUUUUUUUUUUUUUACAGAUUAUUGAAGGCCAUAUUCUCUCCAGGAGAGAGAUGUUGCUUGUUUAGACUAGGGUUUGACAGUACAGAUAGAAAGACAUACACAGAUGUAAGAGAUACUUAGGAGGUAAUAAUUAACAGUCUUUGGUGAAGAAAUGGAUAUGGGAUUUAAUAAAAGGUAAUGUUAAGAAUGUUACUAAGUUUCUGACUUGUGCACUUGGAUGAAAGAUAUCAUUAAAGGAACAUUGGAAAAGGAUCUUGUUUGAUGGUAGUGAUUUGAGAGUGUGAUUAUUUGAACAUGGUUAGUUUAAGGUAUAUUUAAAACAUUUACAUUGAAAGGUUGGGAAACAGCUGGUUAUUUAUGCUUGCAGUCUAGAGAAAAGGUCAUGCCUAGAGAUUUGAAACAAAGCGUGGGGUGGAAUCACUACCUAUAGUUGGAAACUGAAGUCAAAGAUACGGUAAGCUCUUCUAGAAAAGAGUGGAGAGAGAGAAGAGGGUCUAUGAGCAACUCCUGAGAAAUUCAGCAACUAAUGGCUGGGUGGAAGAGAAUAAGCCAGCAAAGGAGGUUGAGAAGAAACCAUCAUAGAAGGAUAAAGGAAGCCAGAAAUGUGUAGUGUUACAGAGAUCAAAGAAAGAGAACAUUCCAAAAAGGAUGGGCUAAGUAUGCUAAUGCAACAGAGAGUUCCUAUGAGAUAAUUUAGUUAUGUCUUAGCCUCUGUUGACCUUAGCAACAGCCACUUCACUUGUGGAAACUGGGCAGACAGACAAAGUGGACUGAGGAGUAAAUGUAAGGUAAGGAGAUGAAGACUAUGGAUACACAUACUCCCCGAAGUUUACUGUGUGGGGAGAAAGGGCGUAGCUGGAGGGAG